CAAAAAGAAGUAGCUUCUAUUCAAACACCUAUUCAAGAAGCUAACCAAGCUUCUAAGCUCAAACCACAAAUAGAAACCUCUAGUGUGAAUAUGAACAACAAGAAUAUUCAUGUCAUUAGCAAAGAAAAGGCAAAGAGAUGGGUUAAUCUAAAUGAUCGAAAGCCUGAUAAGCAUUUUAGGAUAUGGGGAGCAAGAUUGCUAAAAAGAUGGAAGGAACUUGAUUUAGGAGAUUGUGACAGACCAGAAGACUUAAAUCAAUGCAUGCUUCUCUGCCACGAUCUUGAGCAGUAUGAUCCAGAAGCAGUAAGACCACCGACAAAAGAGGAAUUAGAAGAUAGGCCAGAGGCUGGUCCAGAAUCUAGAACACAAACCCUUAGGAAAGGUAAUAAAUCUAAGAAUUUGAUCAAUAAAGAAUUUGAGCGUUUAGGAGAAAUUAAAAGGCAUGAAAAAUCGAAGAAGGAUUUAGAAUUUAGAGAACAAGAAGAAUUGGAAACAGCAGUUAAAAAAAGAGCUAUAGCCGUACAUCGUGCAAAAGUUCUCAAAUCUCAUCCAGAUAAUGGAAGUGAUAUACGAAAAAUAUUAGAAAGUCAAAGAAAGAAGUUUAGGUUAAUACUUGAAAAAGAAUUUGACAAACGUGGGCAAUUUAAAUUUUCUCUAUAUUCUCUUAUCAAAUUUCUUAUAGAUGAUAAACCCGGAAAUGAUAAUGCAGAAAAAAAGAAUUCACGAACUGACUGGCUUAGAAAUAAACAAAUUAUA